AUGUUGUUCCGUGUUACUUUGUCUUUAAUUUUUGUAUUUUUAUUGCCAAUGUUCUUGAGUAUUAAUGGUAGUAAAGAGUUCCGAUUAGGGCGGUCGAAGGGAGGAAAUUUAGGUGCGCCGGCUGAAUACGCAGGUGAAAAUCUUCCUCCAGCACAAUGGUUUCAACAAAAGCUGGACCACUCAUCCCCAACAGAUCAAAGGGUCUGGGAGCAGAGAUACUUUGUAAAUGACUCAUUCUAUAACAACAAAACUGGUCCUAUAUUUCUUAUGGUUGGGGGAGAAGGCCCAGCUAAUCCCAUGUGGAUGACUAAAGGAGCUUGGAUUACUUAUGCUAAAAAAUUUAAAGCUCUCUGCAUUAUGUUAGAACAUCGUUACUAUGGAGAGAGCCAUCCCACAAAGGACUUGAGCACAAAGAACCUUGAAUACCUAUCAUCAUUCCAAGCUUUGGCUGAUAUAGCCAACUUUGUGGAUGCUAUGAAUGUUAAAUAUGAAAAUAAACGGCAACUCAAGUGGGUGGCAUUUGGAGGUUCCUAUCCUGGAUCUCUUGUUGCUUGGUUGAGAGUUAAAUAUCCCCAUCUUAUAUUUAUGUCUGUGUCAUCUAGUGGGCCAUUACUAGCCAAGUUAGACUUUCAAGAAUACUUUGAGGUUGUAGAAAAUGCAUUACUUGAGAAAACAUCCAGCAAGGAUUGUACAAACAAAAUUAAGGCAGCGCAUAAACAAAUUGUUUCUUUGAUGCAAACAAACCCAAGUGUUCUUGAUGACGAGUUCAGAACUUGUAAACCCCUCGAGAACGCCUCUAGGAAUGAUAUUAGGAACUUUUUUAACGGUAUUGCUAAUGAUGUCGCUGGUCUGGUCCAAUACAAUGAAGAUAAUAGAAUAACCAACGACAACACAUAUAACAAUCUCACUAUUAAUACGGUUUGUGAUAUGCUAACUGAUUAUAAGAAUAACACUCCCGCAUACAAAGCCCUGGCUAGCUUCAACUCUAUGAUAUUGGAUCAGAACAACGAGACAUGUAUGGACUAUAGCUAUGAUAAUAUGAUACAAGAGUUAAGGAAUGUGACCUGGGAUUCGUCGGAGGGUGGUCGCCAAUGGAUGUAUCAGACAUGUACCGAAUUCGGCUUCUACCAGACAUCUUCGGGGGAAGAAGAAAUGUUUGGGAACGAUUUUUCUUUGGAAUUCUUCAUACAACAAUGCAUUGAUGUCUUUGGAAAGAAUUUCAAUGAGGCCUUCAUAAAAGCCGGCAUAUCUUGGACCAACAUGGACUACGGCGCACUCGCCAUCAGGGCAACGCGUGUUAUCUUCGUACAUGGAUCCGUGGACCCGUGGCACGCACUCGGCAUGUGCACUACUGCUAUUAACGAAUCUCCGGUCAUCUAUAUUCCAGGUACCGCCCACUGCGCUGACAUGUACCCCGCCCGCGCUUCUGACUUGUCCGAAUUGACCCGUGCCCGUGACACCAUUGAGAGCCGUCUAGCCCAGUGGCUCCAGCUUCCAUGA